GUCGUACCCCCGGCCGUAUGCGAGUAAAAAAAAAAUCAGAGGUCGGCGACUUUUUGUCCCGAUGCCCCUCGACAUUUUGUCAAGAAUUCCACUCCAUUUUUCCACUGAUCGGGUAAAAAAUGUGGGUGAGACCAGAGGAGGUGUUAUUAGCAAACGCUCUGUGGAUCACAGAGCGUGCCAACCCUUACUUCGUCCUUCAGCGCCGUAAGGGUCACGGUGGGGGCGGCCUGGCAUCGUUGUUCAUCGGCACGCUGGACUCGGUGCUGGACUCCAAGGCGUUGCCGUACCGCAUCUUGCAUCAGACCCCCAGCUCAGAAGUCAGUUACACUGUUGCCACCGCCGUCCACAAGAGGGAUAUCUUUGUGCACUGGGAAUGGUUGGAGCAGAAUCUGAUUGAAACUCUAGGGACUUUUGAUGCUGAAGAGGAUAUCACAGAAUUUGUCAAGUGUAAAAUUGAGAGCCUGGUUGCAGUGGUUGAAACAGCAGAUGAGGGUCCAAAAGAAGUUGAUGAGGAGAGCAAAGCAUUCAAGUCGGCAUGUGAAAAGUGGCACCGUCUGUUCAAAGUGUCGGAGGACGAGAAGCUCGUCAACUACUAUUCCUGCAGCUAUUGGAAGGGUAAGGUCCCCCGGCAGGGCUGGAUGUACCUCAGUGUCAACUAUCUCUACUUCUACUCAUUUCUGAUGGGCACGGAGGCUAGGUUGUCUAUACGAUGGACGGAUGUCACGCAUCUGGAGAAGAAAAACGCGGUCAUCUUUCCAGAGAGCAUCAAACUUUCCACCAGGGACCAGGAGUACUACUUCUCCAUGUUCGUCAAUCCCAUUGAGACCUUCAGUCUGAUGGAGCAACUGGCCAACCUGGCCAUGAGGCAGCUGCUGUCGGAGGAAGGCUUCGAGCAGGAUAAGGAUCUCCCGCCCAGAACCAGAAUCAGUAAAAAGAAGAAGAAAGUCUCGUCUCUGAAGAGAGAUCUGGAUGCCAGACUCCGGAGUGAAGCUUACAGGCAAGUAUUUCGUCUUCCAAUCUCCGAGAAGUUAGACGGCCACGUCCCCUGCACCCUCUGGACCCCGUACAACAAGACCCAUGUCAACGGAAUCCUCUAUCUGUCACGAAACUACAUGUGCUUUGGUAGCCGGCUGAAGAAUCUUGUCCACGUUGUGAUCCCGAUGCGCGACGUCACGGUCAUCGAGAAAGUGGAAAACUCAUCCGUGAUUCAAAACGGCUUGCAUGUUUCAACCAGAUCCAAGAUGACAAUCCUGUUUGCGUCUCUGAAAGACAGAGAUUUUCUGGUCCACCACAUUGCGGAUUUCCUCUCCAAAACCACGGAAAACACAAGGCAUAGAAGCGACAGCAUAUCCAUGAGUUCCAGCAGCAGCAACAGCCUGAUUGAGAUGCCGGCCAAUCACAGACCCCUGGCACAAAUCAGCAGCAGCUUAGGGAGCCUCGGCAGCACCAGCAGCAAUGCCAGUAUCAAAUCAGACCACAUGUCCUACUACAACACAGUUCUAAGCGAUGAUCUAGUUUUUACUAACAAGGAAGGUGGUGAUUCGUCGGGCAGCAUCGCCGUUCAACUCCAGCCGGCUCUGAUCACAGUCUUUAAUCGGCGAGGUUCGGACGAGGUGUCCGUCAAGGAAUCCGUCAAGAAGCACCUGUGGGACAUCCACUUCAAGGAGUUUGGAAGAGGUGUGUGCAUGUACCGCACUGUGGAUACCCAGGAAUUGAUCAUGAAGGGAAUUCCGGAGAGUCUACGCGGGGAAAUAUGGCUUCUCUACUCUGGAGCCGUUAACGAGAUGGCCACCCAAGCCGGUUACUACCAAUCGCUAGUGGAGCAGAGCCUCGGCAAGGACAGCAUCGCGACUGACGAAAUCGAGAGAGAUCUCCAUCGAUCCCUUCCGGAGCAUCCGGCAUUCCAGUCAGAGCUGGGCAUCGCCGCCCUGCGACGGGUCCUGACAGCCUACGCCUACAGGAACCCCACGAUAGGUUACUGCCAAGCCAUGAACAUUGUGACCUCCGUGCUCCUGCUUUAUGCAAAUGAGGAAGAGGCUUUCUGGUUGCUGGUUGCGAUCUGCGAAAGACUGCUGCCGGACUACUACAACACGCGGGUUGUUGGCGCCCUCAUUGACCAAGGGGUAUUUGAGGCUUUGACUAAGGAGUAUCUGCCGGAUCUCUACGUCAAGAUGGAGAAGCUUGGAAUUCUCAGCAUGAUCUCGUUGUCAUGGUUUCUGACCAUCUUCAUCAGUGUCAUGCCAUUUGAGAGUGCCGUCAACAUCAUGGACUGUUUCUUCUACGACGGGGCCCGCGUCAUUUUCCAGAUUGCACUGGCCGUGCUGGACGCCAACUACGACGCGCUUCUGCAAUGCGAGGAUGACGGCACGGCCAUGACGGUCCUGAGCACGUACUUGGAGAGCGUCCAGAACAAAGACGCGACGGGGCCCACCAUGCCUCACAUGUCUACGCUCGCAGCUAUGACUAUGGAACGAAAGCCCGAUGUUGACGUGUCGGAUCUCAUCCACAACGCCUACGCCAAAUACGGCUACAUCCGCACGGACCAGAUUAAGAAGAUGCGUCUAAACCAGCGACUGCGCGUGGUGCAGGGCCUGGAGGACACGGCCCGCCGAACGAUCGUACGCAGUCUCGCCGGAGAGGUGCCGUUCAACUCGCAAGAGCUGGAAGAACUCUACACGAUAUUCAAGGAGGAGUAUCUUUCCAGCAACAUGUUGUCGGGAGCGCCAGUCCUGGACCAAACCCAGCAUUUCCUAGCCACCUUCAAGAUCGACGUGGAGAAGUAUCGCACCCUGUUCCUGACCUUCUCCCCCUGGGCGCGCGGCACCCAAGCUGACCUCUUAGUUCUCAGGGCAUUUAGGCUCCUGGACGAAGACCGGGACAACCUGAUCAACUUCCGUGAUUUUGCCUGGGGUCUUGGCAUCAUGUGCCGGGGCGAGCUUCCCGAACGGCUCCGGCUGCUCUACCUGCUGCAUCUACCCCCGGCACUGCUUCCGGAAGACAUGGAGAGCAUCGCUGGAGACUCUCAGACGGAUGAAGCAAGUACCGUCGGCCAACCAUCGCCUGACGAGGACCAGGGCGAGACAGACUCGGCAUGUGAUGCGGCGGAGUAUUUUGAGGACACGAUGAAGACGCCCACCGUGGAACAGGCUCCAGAGGGACAUCCGCUCAGCCAGUCCACCGAUGAGGGCCAAGACAAGACGGAGCAAACCCCCAAGCACACCCCAGGUCAGACGCCCUCGGACUCCCCCAAGAAGACCCUACUGGAAGAGGAAGAUGUAGAGGGGGUGGGGGAAGACGUGGAGGGGGAAGAUAGGGAGGGGGAAGACGGGGAGGGGAGGGGGGACGUCUUUGAUCCAACAGGUGACGAGCUUCAGACGGUUUUGUUAGAAGGAGAACAAGCAGCAGCUGUAAAGGAAGAAGAGGAUGACAUGGAAUCGCAGAGGGAAGGAUAUCGCUACUACAUCAGGAAAUGGGAGCGGGAAAAGGAAGAAGCAGAACGGAGGAAAGGUUUCAAGCACGUCCCACGCAUCAACCAGGACCAGUUUAUUCAGCUGUUGAAGACGAUGUACGACAUGUUUGUCGACCACCCCAGGGAGCAGGAACUCUACCGAGCCAUCGCCACGGUCGGCUCCUUGCUCUUCGAGCUGGGGGAGGUCGGCAAGAAGUUCAAGAAGGGAACGCCGACGGGAUCCGAGCUGACCGAAAGCUUCGACGGAGGUGAGAGCUCGGAGGUCACCGCCAGUGGAUCCGAAAUUCCCGAAAGGUCAUCAGGAGCAGAGACGGUUCCUGGGUUGAUCGGGUUGAGAGGGGCUGAGGCUUCCAGCCUUGAUUCCGAUGAUGUUGGUGAGGAUAAAAAAACCGAAGCGAAAGAUCUAAACUUGUCUCCAAGCUCCGGGACUGACUGGAAAGCAGGCGGAGACUCGCUUGAAAUGGAAUUAGCCGACGCCAUGGCCGAUAUCCACGUCAGCCCCGACGUGGUCGCGGAAGGUGUCGAUCAACCAAAAGACACGCUUCUAUCCAGAUCAGGGGACGCCGCCCACCAACUAAACACGGGUGCCGGGGAGUCGCCGAGUCGUGCAAAGGCGAGCCCCAGCAGACCCAAGACUCUGCCGGUCGCGGGAAACGGUGGCAGAAGCGAGCCCGCCUGGGAGAUCACGUUCGAGCAGUUCCUGGCUUCCAUGCUGACCGAGUCGGCCAUCGUGGAGUUCUUCGAGGAGCGGCCAGACGUUCUUCGGUUGGUGGAGGGUUUCCGGCAGGGCCGGUCGCUGCAGAGACAAAUGAGCGAUGUCAGCAUGUCAUUGUAAUGAUGUGAAUUCCUACAGUUACAACGUAGGUUUUAUUUGACUAUUUAAUACUUCAUGCAAGUGUACAUUUAUAAAUGUAAAGAAAAAAACGCAACUGCAGAAUGUGACGUUUGGGGAAGCAAGAUGGCGGAAUCUUUGCUUCAAGGCGCGUUAUCCAAGUAGCACAUAGCAGCCAGUCCAUAGAGGUCAGUCAACAUGCCACAUAGUGUCAACUCUGGUUACUGCAUGUAACAAAGUGAAGCUUUCUGUCUGCAACUUAAUGGCAACUUUAAUCCCGGACACAUUUUUAGCGAUCCCGCCUUACCGAACUCAGUACCCCUAAAUGUUGUAUACCAUUGGAAAGCUCUUGUUCAGCAGAAUCUAGAUAUAUAAAUACCUCAGUUCUUAAAAAGUCCGGCCUAAUCGCUCAUUUUGUUGUGACGGGUCACAUAUAUGGACCUGGGGCCGAUUUCACGAAACUCGUCUUGUCUUACAACUCACGUAAGGACUUGAUACGAGCCCCCGCUCUUACAUGUAGAUCGAUCCUAGCUACUAAGACUGAUUUCACUAAACCCAUCUUAAGCAAGACGCAUCAAAAUUACCAAUGAAAUUACCAAUUUGAUGUCUGUUUUGUGUCUGUUUUAGCGCUUCACGAAACGGUCGAUGAAAAGAAACAUGCAAAACCAAUUUCCCGCUCCUGGACAUAGAAUGCAAACUUCCCCUGAAAACAUUUACCUGCUCAUUAAAUUUCAUAUGCAAAGUACACCUACACAAGAUUCAAUAGAGUCAUUAAAACCCUUAUGACUAGAUGACGUGCUCUCCGGUUCAAAACUCUAUUUCGAGAACCCAAAGUAUUUUAUUUUUAUUAAAAAGUCAACUAGGUGUUGGCAUAUAAUUAAAUUGUGUCAAUAAGGUUAUUUUAAUCAAAACUGCACACGUGGCAAAAUCUUUUCAAAUCUGUUUCUACAGCGGUUUUCCACAAAACUAUCACUCUAGGCCAACACUCGAUCGUCUUUUUUGAAAAUAUGGUGCAGUGAUUUCCAAAACAAUACUUAAAUUAAUGCAAGUUGAAACGUUGAGACCAAAGACAAGUUGUUUUAGCGCAAGUUGAUAAUAAGCAGGACAAGUUCUUUUCAGAACUAAAUAUCUUCUAAGCAGUAGUUAUUACCACAUGGUGUUACCGCAAACCGAAACGAUACCGAUACUCCACCAUGCAAAGCCUAAACUCUUAUAAUAAGACAUGUUGAAUGCAUCUGAAGUUUGGUAAAAUCGCGAGUUAAUAAGACACGUUAGUCUUCCUUAGACACGUCGCGGCGUUUUGUGAAAUCGGCCGCUUGUUUCUGUAAUUGCUAAUCAUUUCUUAAAUCAGUUGUAAUUAUGUGUGUGCUAGUUCGCACCUUGGCCAGUUAGAGGAUGCUUGUUUGAUAGUUAAUUGAGCCAAAUCUCUGUGUGUGAAACUAACAAGCAUCUAGCAGUUUUCGACACUCAGUCUGGGCCAAAUUUCACGCAGCUGCCAAAGCCGAAAAUCUCGCUUAGCAAAAAGCCACAGAGUACCAGUCACAAGCCAUAAACACUGAUGACAGUUUGGCUGGUAACCCAUUUUUGCUGUUAAGCAAAUAUUUCUGUGGUUGUUGGCAGCUCCGUGGAACCGGCAAAAUGUAAGAAUUGAAAAAUGUUUAAAUUAUUUGCUAAAUAUUUACAGAAUUAAAUGCAAAGUCACAUCCUUAAUUUUGUUCAGGGGAAUUGCCACAUGCGGAUGAGCACUCUAAUUUAGUACAUACCUAGUUCCAAUUAACUUGGAGAAAAUAACUUGCAAAAUUUAAUCUGCACAAAAAAUGCACAAUUGACAAAGUUGCGAUCUUGCCUUUUUAAAAAUUCUCGUAGGUUAUGUUAGCUUUGUAUGAAAAGCUAAGACCCUUGUUUUUUAGGAUAGAAAACGCUGGCAGAAAUGAUGAUUAAGAAAAAAAUAUAUUCCAAAAUGAACAAAACAAUGUGUACAAAUCUUUUGUCAGAGACUUUUAAAAACUAGAAACAAUGAUUACAUAAAAAUAUAUUAACAAAAUCUCAAUUUGUAUAAAAUGUAUCAAAACAGUCCAAAUUUGUUUAAAAUGAGUAGAAAUCAAUUUUGCAUAUAGAGAUCGCAGUUUUAGAGAUUUCAAGAUGAAGUUGCAGGACCCAAUUUUCAGGCAAAAUUACAUCCAAUGACAUCCGUGGCGGUUUGUAAUUGAUCAGAUUAUGACACAAAGUGCAAUGUAGAUGUA